AUGCUAUUAAAUAAGGAAGAGGAAAUUGCAACAUUAAAGCUGAAAAAUGAGACUUUAGCUCAAGAAAACUAUAAAAAAGAAACAUACUUUAAACAACAAAAAAGAAACUCGAAAGAUUUUGAAGAUGAGGUUUAUGAAAGGGAACAAUGUAUUGAAAUGAAAAUAAACAAACAAAAAGAAUACCUAAAUGCAUCUAAUAAAUUGAAUGAAGAACUAAAAUCAAGUCUUAAAGAAAGUUUGCUACAAGUUGAGGACUUAAGAAGUAAACUUUUAGUACUUGAGAGUGUAAACAUUGACAUGUUAAGUACGAUCAAAACAUUAACUACAGACAAUGAUGCUUAUGCAUUAGAAGUAGUUGAAUUAAAAAAUAAGUUAUACAUUUUAUCUAACAAGUCACAAACAAAUAUAGAGCAAACUGAAAAUGAACUUAAAAAACAUAAUGAAAAAACAAAGAAUAGAAAUGUCAAACAUAAAAAUAAGCAAAAUGGUGAAGAGAUAAAUAAAAUAAAGCAAUUGAAUACUACCACGAACAAGGAUGGUAAAGACGUUAUUGAUCUCACAGGUGGGGGAGGAAUCAAGGAAACGGUGAAAAAAGAAGAAAAGUGUCAAAACAUAAAAAAACAAAUUAUUAAUCUUAUGAGACCAAAAGGGCAGAGAUCUAGGAAGUAG